AUGUAUCACGCUUCUUCUUCCAAAAUUUGCAAGCAUGAUGUCUUUUUUAGUUUUAGAGGUGAAGAUACACGUAGAACCUUUGUGAGUCAUUUCUUUAAUGCUCUAAAACAAAGAGGAAUCCACGCUUUCAAAGACGAUGAGCGGUUGGAAACUGGAAAAUCAAUUUCUGGUGAACUUUUGAAAACUAUAGAAGAGUCUAGAUUUGCUAUUAUUGUGAUUCCAGUCUUCUAUGAUGUGAGUCCAUCAAAUGUGUGCCAUCAAAAUGCCCCUUUCGCUAAAUCCUUUUCCAAGCAUGAGAAAAAUUACAAAGAUGAUUUGGAGAAGGUUCAAAGAUGGAGGGAUGCAUUUUCGGAGGCACAGAAAAUAUCAGGGUAUCAUUUACAAAAUUUCAAGGAUGAGGCAUAUGGAAUCAAGAAACUAGUUGAUGACAUAUUUCCUAAAUCGCUUCAAGUUAUUUCACCUUUCCCGGAAAGCUUAGUGGGUAUGAAAUCUCUGGUUGAGAAAGUAACCUCAUUAUUAGAUAGGGAAUCAAACGAUGUUUACUCUAUUGGGAUUUGGGAUCAAUGGACUGACAUGUCUAGCAGAAGUCUUCAUUUGCAAGCUCUUGGGCAUGCUUUUAGAGAAAAAUCACCAGAGAAAUAUUUUAUGGAACCUUCAAGAGAAGUGGUGAACUAUGCUGGUCGACUCCCUUUAGCUCUUAAAGUUUUGGGAUCAAUCUAUAUUGAGUGA